AAAAAAAAAAAAAAAAUUGGCGAAAAAGGAAGAAAGAUGAAGAGCGUGCUGAGGCCGCUGCCCGUCCGCUUCUCCGUCACGCAUCCCGUCGCUGCCUCUUGCUUCUUUAAUGGCCUCGCGGUUUGCAGCAAACGCUCGCUGCCAUUUUCCCAUCUGAUAAAGGUGCCUUCCCCUCCAAGGCACCCUCUCUACUCAUCUACUUUCUCUCCUCCUCUGGCGAUGGCCUCAUCUUCGUCGUCGUCCUCCUCCCAGGCGCCGGCGCCUGGCGAUACGACGAGUAUUACGGACGCCUUCGAGAAGAUUAGGGUUCAUCAGGAAGCUGCAACUCGACUCUCUCCUGUUGAAGAAAUAAGGACAUUACUUGAUUUCAGUAUUCGAGGCGUUCUUUCGACCUUUUCUCAGGACCACCAGGGUUAUCCUUCUGGAUCAAUGGUUGAUUUUGCAUGUGAUUAUAGUGGUUCUCCCAUACUGGCAGUCAGUAGUUUAGCUGUCCAUUCAAAAAAUCUAUUGGCAAAUCCUAAGUGCUCAUUGCUUGUAGCAAAGGAUCCAGAAGAUAGGACCGAUACAAUUGUCACCAUAUAUGGUGAUGCUGUUCCACUUUCUGAUGUUGAUAAGGAGUCUGCUCGUACUGCUUACCUCAAAAAACAUCCAGAUGCAUUUUGGGUUGAUUUUGGUGACUUUAGUUUGAUUCGCAUCAAACCUAAAUAUGUUCGCUAUGUUUCUGGAAUUGCUACAGCACUACUAGGAUCAGGAGAAUUUGAUGGUGAGGAAUAUAAAGCUGCAAAAGUCGAUCCGAUAGCUCAAUUUACAAAACCUAUCGCGUCACAUAUGAACAGGGAUCACGCUGAAGACACCCAAGCAAUUGUACAAUAUUCAACCUCAGUAAAGGUAGACUCGGCUCAGAUGCUUGAUGUGGAUAGCCUAGGCUUCAACGUAAAGGCUGGCUUCGGAGGAAAUAAUUUGAAACUUCGAAUCCCUUUCCCUAGACAAGCACAAGACAGGAAAGAUGUGAAGACUCUAAUAGUGGAAAUGCUUCAAGCUGCCAAAUCAAAUAAUCGAGCAUGAUGGAAUUGGCUAUAUAAAUUAGAUACGGUGCCUACAACAGAAGAACGUAGGGGAAAGGAAGCAAGGUAGUACGAUCUGCAAGUGCAUUUAAGACAGAUGAACAAAAUGACGUCAAUGUUCUAGACAGAUGAGCAAUUUGUUCACAAAUUUGAUGAUGUUAUUUGCAUAAUCAGAUGUUGACGCAUUUGUUGAUUAGGUUUAUCUUGAUAAGAGUGUUAAUCCUAAUUUAAAAAUUCGAACUCAAAAUUAAAAUAAAUCAUUAGCAUAUUUCUUCUUUUUUGCCUUUUUUA